AUGGCUCCGGACCGGGCCCCCAAGAGAACAAUCUUCCAAAUGAACGACUUCUUGAAUCUCCCAAUUCGAGACCGCGUACAAGCCCUCUCGGAUGCCAUCAUCAAAGACCCCGACUUCUUCGGGUUCGACACCUACGCCCUACGUUCCGGCGUAAAACUAGUCGACGUCCAACCCAACAUCACAAAAUGGGAAAUAGAAAUCGGAUCCCACCUCUGCAAUAGGUCACGAAACCUGCAUGGGGGAGCGGCAGCCACGAUUUUGGACAACCUGACCUCGACGGCUCUUUUGACGAUAGCCAAGCCGGGUUUUCUCGAUGGAGGGCACGUUAGUCGCACGAUCACUAUGAGUUAUCUCCGGCCUGUCCCUAUAGGGGCGAAAGUGACGGUCGAUUGUGAGGUUCAGUCGGCAGGGAGGAACAUGGCCAACAUUGUGGGCAAGAUCUUUCUUGAUGGGAAGCUUUGUGUUAGCUGUGUCCACGAUAAAGCAGUGUUUGCACGACAGCCGGCUGCGAAGUUGUGA